UCAAUAUCCUCCCUCCUUUUUGAGAUCUCAUUCACCUUCCUGCAAAAAAUCACCAAUGUGAAUUGUACCACUAAAUUCCAGAUUCUAUCCAAACACCAAAUGUUUCUGUUUUUGCUAAAAAUAUCAGCUACGUUUCGUUUAAUUUCCCUGUUUAAUCGAGUUUAGUUUUCAUCUAAAUCAAUCGUUUGAUUUUGUCCCUGUUCCGAGUUUAAAUCCAGUGAGGUGUUCAUAGGUGAUGAAAAAGAGUUGAUCGAAGCUCUACUAGAGCUCCGAUAAGGAAAAGGUGACGAUCCUAAAGCAGGAGGCAAAUCCAUAGGGAUCCAUGUCCACAGAGGCAUCGUGCUUGUCGAGCAGCUCCAACGCGAUCUCAAAUUCACGAAGCAAACACUCCGCCGGAGCUGAGAAAAAACCAGCAGCAAAUCUCGAGAAGUUAAGGAAGAAGCGUGGCUUUUUAGGUCAAGUGCGCCGCCGAGUCGAAGGGAUUCUAAAGUUGCUUUCGAGCGGUGGCUUCUCUGAAGUGACGAUUCGUCGAGUCCUCGGUGACUGCCCGACGGAAGCAAAGCCCUUAGAAUCCGUUGGAAUUGAAAAAUCUUACGGAUGGGAUGCAUCUAAUCAUAUUGCUGGGUUUCUAACCACUUCAUCUGUCAGUGAAGCUAGAAGAAGUGAAGGGAACAGGCACAGGAGGGCGUCAUGGCCGUGAUAUUUACACGGUAUUUAUGCCCCUAAUUUCAUUCAUUGCUCUUUCAUGUUUUCUUGUUUUCCAAUCCCAUUCUUCUUGUUCAACUGCCUAUGAAAACUUAAUAUACAAUAAUUGAACUCGUAUGUUAAAAAUGUAAUUGUAAUUAGUAGUAUAAACAGUAUUUUCUAGG